AUGACUUCUUGCGCGCAAAAGGACUACAGCUUCUAUAUCAUUUUUUUCGCCAGCAGCACAUCAUCUAUUGAUAGUGACAAGACUCUCCUCGAAUCUCAAGCAGUCCUCUAUCGAUCAUGUCUAGUUUAUCUAGCCACAGCAAACUUCCCUCAUGAUUUAUCAGAUGAUAGCUUAUGGAGAAGGGAGGAACUUGUUCAAAAGCACCCAUUCCUUGCCUAUGCAAUCACCAACCUCUUCAUUCAUGCUGGAAAACCCCGCGGGUCUCGACAGGAUGCGGUGCAGAAUGAAUUAGAUAUGCUACAUCAAGUCAUAGAUCGAUGGGUCAAGGUCUACAAUAUCUUACAUCUGUAUAACUUACCACGCCUAGCGAGAGGUACGACACUAUUACAUAUGGCUGCUGCUAGGAAUCUUGUUGAUGUUAUAGAAUCGUUAGUAUCGAAUGGUGCGGACGUGGCGAAGGAAGAUGAAGAGAGAAGAACGGCAUUUCAUUUCGCAGCACAGUGGGGUCAUGUAACAGCUGGCAGAAUACUCCUUGAGAAAGAAGGAGACCGCGAGGGAAUAAAUCGACAUGGAACCCUAUUACGUCAGGCAACUAGCUGGGGGCACGUGGGAUUUGUCGAAUGGCUCCUAGAUGAGGAAGUGAACAUUGAAAACCUAAGGAAUGAUAUAAGAGGUGCUCUGCGAGAUUCUGCGAUAGCGGGGCAUGAAACCUUCGUGAAAAUAUUGAUUGGAUCUGGAGCAGAUGUCAAUGCUCGGGGUGGAGAGUAUAGCAAUACCCUUCAGGCCGUUGCAUAUAGAGGAAGAGCCGAGAUAUUGCAGAUGCUACUCGAUGCUCACGCCGAUGUCAAUGCCCAAGGUGGACAGUAUGGCAAUGCCCUCCAGGCCGCUGCAGGUAGAGGAAGAGCCGAGAUAGUGCAGAUGCUACUCGAUGCUCACGCCGAUGUCAGUGCCCAAGGUGGACAGUAUGGCAAUGCCCUCCAGGCCGCUUCAGCUAGAGGAAAUCCCGAGACAGUGCAGAUACUACUUAAUGCUCACGCCGAUGUCAAUGCCCAGGUUAGACCAUAUAGCUAUGCCCUCCUGGCCGCUGCAGGUAGAGGAAAUAUAGAAGGUUCCGAGAUAGUGCGGAUGCUAAUCGACGCUCACGCCGAUAUCAACGCCCGGGGUAGAGUGUAUGGCCAUUUCUCGGGGCUGUAG